UUUGGUCGAGGCCAGUCAAGCCAGUCAAGUCAAGGUAGCUGUGUGAAUCAAUGAGAGAAAGAGAGAGAGAGAGAGAGAGAGAAAGAGAGAGAAAGAGAGAGAGAUAGCGAGCGUGUGUUCAUAGUAAUCAUUAAAGUGAAUUUGGUUAUUUGUUGAAUCAAGCUGUCGAUUACCGUCGACUGAUAAUCUGCGUAACAUAUGUGUGAUCGAUUGUUGCCCUCUUUUAGCCGAAGGGUUAGCUAAAAAUGCAUUGACCGCAGUGCAUUACAUCUUGUGCCCGAUGACCAUUUGAGUAGCAGCAAAUCCUGUUAGCCGAGUUGCUGCUACGUACACCAUUUAUUGCUUUUUCAAGUGCCAUAACGAGCUUGCGCCCACCAGUGUUGCAAUUGACGAUGCUGCAGAGUUAAUGUAGCUGACGCUACUGUGAACAAAACAACGAUCGCAAUGUCGAGGCAGGCUUACUACAAGGACCGGCUAGGCUUCGACCCGGCGGACUCGUUGCAAGCUGGACAGCGUGACCAUUUCAGAGACGAGCAACAGCAGCAGCAGCAGCGUGGCUACGAGGAGUCUCUCUCCAAGUUUAAAGAUGAAAGAGAUGCUAUACAGAAGAAAACUUUUACAAAAUGGGUGAACAAACAUUUGAAAAAGCACUGGAAAUACGUCAAGACAUACACGUGCUUGCACGUAUGCGUCAACGUCAACAACCAGCCAUGCUGUUCUCCCCCUGCGAGCAGACAUGUUGGAGAUUUAUUUCAAGAUUUACGAGAUGGCCAUAACCUCAUCUCUUUGUUGGAAGUCCUCUCAAGUGAACACCUUCCGAGAGAAACUUCUGGGAGUAUGCGCUUUCAUAUGUUGGAUAAUGUCCGGAUAGCUCUACGAUUUUUGCAAUGCAAAAAUAUCAAGCUUGUCAACAUCCAAGCGGAGGAUAUCGUCGAUGGCAAUCCAAAGUUAACACUCGGCCUUAUAUGGACAAUCAUUCUACAUUUCCAGAUUUCGGAUAUCGUAGUGGGUCAGGAGUCCCACGUGACGGCUAAAGAGGCUUUGCUACGGUGGGCACGCAGGUCGACAGCGCGCUAUCCAGGGGUGCGCGUAAGCGACUUCACGAGUUCAUGGCGCGAUGGACUUGCGUUCAGUGCACUCGUGCACAGGAAUAGACCGGAUCUGCUUGACUGGCGCGUUGCACGAACUUGGCAAGUGCGUGAGCGCCUUGAACGAGUGUUCUACGUUGCCGAACGUGAGUACGGGGUCACCAGGCUACUCGAUCCCGAAGACGUCGACACUCCUGAACCGGACGAAAAGUCACUAAUAACCUACAUAUCAUCGCUGUACGACGUGUUCCCGGAGCCACCAGCCAUCCACCCGCUAUACGACGUGGAGGCACAACGCCGGCUGGCCGAGUAUCGUGAAGUGGCAUUGUCGUUGCACGGAUGGAUGCGCGAGAAGCAGACGCAGCUACAAGAGCGAUAUCUGCCACCCUCAUUGAUCGAGGUACGCAAGCUGCAGGCGGAGUUGGGACGGCUGGUCGCGGACGAAUGGCCAGGGCGGACACGCGAUCGCCACCGGCUCGCCCAGAAUUGGCGCGAACUGCACAAGUACUUUGAAGUAGUAGGCGAGGUGGAACUUGAGCCGGAGUUGUAUUGGGAGGUAUUGGACCGCGUCUGGGCUCGGUUGACUGCACUGCGCGAAGAGCGUGAGCACGCACUCGAGCAGGAGGCACUACGGCUAGAGCGACUCGGCCGACUAGCCGAGAAGGUGGCACGCGAGAUCAAGUCCACGGACGUGCGUCUCGAGCAACUGGAAUACCGCGUGGAAGAGGAGGCGCAACGACUGCUGGGGACAAGCGCGCCUCACCCGCUUGAAGCGAAGCGUGCGGUCGAUUUGCUCGAGCAGGAGACCCGCGCACUUGAGCUGCACAUCCAGCAGAUUUUUGCGGAUGUACACGCACUGACGGAGGCCCGCCACGCGCAGGCCCCUGAACUGCACAAGCGCGUACAGCGGCUGCACCAGCGUUGGGUGGGCCUGCGCUCACUGCUGCAUCGGCGAUUAGUCCAACCAUUAGCCGCAGCGGCUAUAUCUUGUCCGGUGGCUGAAGAGCGGCUGGUCACAUUGCAACGCACGACCGUCCACGAAAAGCGCUUCGUUGAAACUAAUCCGCAUUUUCGUGCGCUCCAUGAGGCGCUUGAUUGGUGUCGGCAGAAACUCACGCUGAUCGAUGAAGCUGAUUACGGUAACGAGCCGACGCAGGUGCAAUAUGAGCUUGACCACUGGCAGCACGAGCAUCAGCAGAUCGACCAUUUCCGUGGCACGGGCCUCGAUCGUUGCGACCAAGCCAAAACCAAUUUCCAAGGCGAGGAGCUACAGCUUUACUCGCAACACUUGCAUCAGCUGCAUAAAAUCUACCAGGAACUGCUGCAAGCCUCCGUCAAGCGCUUGGCUGACCUCGAAACGUUGCAUGAUUUCGUGCAGUCGGCUACUAAUGAGCUCGUCUGGCUUAACGGCAAGGAGGAGACUGAACUGGCGCGCGACUGGAGCGAAAAGAACCUUGACCUGCACGCUAUUGAACACUAUUAUGAGCAAACCUUUGGCGUAGGAUUCGAGACGCUUAUGAGCGAUCUGGAGAAACGCGAGAUCCAGUUCUCAGCAGUACAGGACCGGGGUGAAAGCCUCGUGUUACAACAUCAUCCAGCCUCCAAAACUAUCGAGGCAUAUAUGUCGGCUAUGCAGAGCCAGUGGGCCUGGCUGUUACAGCUCACCCUCUGUCUGGAGAUCCAUCUCAAGCACGCCACCUGCAGCCAACAUUUUUUUAACGAGGUCCAACUGGCUGAGCAGUGGAUAUCCAAGCGAGACGAGCUCCUAAAUACUCACUAUUCUCAGUCUGAGUUCACACUCGAUGAGGGCGAGCACCUUCUCAAGGGAAUGCAGGAGCUCAGGGAGGAGCUCAAUAACUACGGCGAUGGCGUACACCAACUUAUCGAGCGGGCCAAGCAAGUAGUGCCAAUGAAACAGCGUAGGCAGCCGGUCACCCGGCCUCUCCAGCUUACCUGUAUUUGCACUUACAUGCAAGCCGACAUGUCAAUCGAGAAAAACGAGCAGUGCAUGCUCUACGAUAAUUCCGGCAGGAUCAAGUGGCGGGUUAAAAAUUCAAAGGGAGUCGAGUCCCCGGUGCCUGGUGUCUGCUUUUCUCUGCUACCACCCGAUAAGGAAGCUCUCGAGGCCUCUGAGAAAAUUCGCCGACAAUAUGAGCGGAGUAUUGCUCUUUGGCAGCGCAAGCAACUGCGUCUCCGGCAGAACAUGAUAUUUGCAACGAUUAAGGUUGUAAAGGAUUGGAGCCUACAGCAAUUCUUGGAUAUGGGCCAAGAACAGCGCAGCGCCAUACGCAAAGCUUUGAAUGAGGAUGCGGAUAAGCUCUUGGCCGAGGGCGAUCCCGCCGAUCCGCAACUACGCCGGUUACGUCGUGAAAUGGCCGAGGUUAACCGACUCUUCGACGAUUUUGAGAAGCGUGCCAGGGCGGAGGAGGAGUCGAGACAGGCAGGCCGGAUUUUCGGCGAGCAGGCCUCUUCACUUGAGCAAGCAUUAGAAGAAGUCGAGCGAUUACUCGUGGCUCGCGUGGCUGCUCCCAUACCACGUGAUCUCGACAGUCUCGAGCAUCUGGUUCUCGAACAUAAAGAUUUCGAGCGAAACUUGCAGCAUCUUGCGCCUGAGGUUGAACAGCUGCAGCAAACCUUUCGAAGCAUCACCCUCAAGACACCGCAGAUGAAGGCCAAGCUCGAUGGUUUGGCGGCGCGCUGGAAUCGCCUCCGGGAAUUAAGUAACAUUUAUAUUGAAUGCCUUAAGUGUUUUGAAAACAUGCUCGGCGGUCUCGAUGACUGCGGCGCUGCUAUCUCUGAGCUCGAGAUUAAGCUCGCUUCUUUUUCCCAACUGCCCUCGGAUCUUGGUGAUCUGCAUCAUGUACUCGACGACUUGAUGCAACUACAGAACAGCAUUUCUCAGCAGCAGAUUCACAUUGAUCAACUGAACGAUGACGCGCUCAAGACCAGGCGGCUAGUCGAGAAGUCGAGGCCUAAUCAUCGAGGCCCUCACGUCGACGUAGAUCGUCUUGAUAUGGAAGUCAAUCGCCUCAACUCCAGGUGGACUAAUAUAUGCGGCCAGUUGGUUGACCGUCUACGCAGCGCGGAGACUGCUUAUGGUCUUGCUCAGCAAUAUCAGACGUCUUAUCAGAGUGAGGUCGAUUUUGUCGACGAGAGCUACGCACGCCUUGAGAACCUCGCUCCGGUGCACACCAAGGCACAGGAACUGGAGACUACCAAGAAUAUACUGAACAGAUUGACCGAUCGGGCACCAGCUGUUGAGGCGGUCAACCUCACGGGUGGACGUCUUAUCCGAGAAGGCAAGAUUUACGGACAGAAAUUACGAGCUUUCAAGGAAGUUUUGGAAGAGCUUUGCCCAUCGAUGGAUGCCUCGGUCAAGAGGCCACGGCGGGACAAUGUCAACACAGUUGAUAGCAUAACGCGCGAACUCGAUAUUCUCAACCGUAGAUACACAACUCUAGUCGCCCUUUUACAGGAAAGAACUAGAAAAUUAGCUGCCAUUUAUCCUUAUAACUCAAUGUUACAGCAAACCGUGGAAGAAAAAUACAAGAUAUGUGAAGAGACACUGGGCAAGCUGCUACAAUGGAUCACUGAAAUUGAGGACAGACUUUCUCAUCAAGAUGUCGUCAAUGAGGACGUUGAUGAGCUUAGAAAUCAAAUUAAUAGCUUGAAGCAAGUGAAAGAAGAUAUCGAUGUCCACGCUAGACCGAUAUCGUUAUGUCUCGAUCAGUUAAGGCAAAUCGUUCUGUCUGGAAAUGAAGUACUUUCAAGUGACGAGCUCUCGAGUAUGGAGAAAAAUGGAUGCUUGCUGAAAAAUCGCUUCGAAAAAGCAGCCGAUUGUGCAGAGAGACUGCUACGGCGCCUGACGAUGGCCCGCGACGAGUUAGCAAAGUUCAGUUGUGAGGUGUCAUCGUUGAAGACUUGGCUGAAUAAAUUGCUGCGGCAGCUUGAGGAAAAGGAACGCGGACUGAGUGAGCUACGGGGUUUGGCGAGCAGCCGGGAGCAGGAGGGCACGCGCGAGCUUGUGAGUGAAGUGAUCGCCCACCAAGCGGAUCUACGCUUCAUCACCAUGGCUGGGCAGAAGUUUUGUGAUGAGGGUAGGGAAUAUCUGCAGCUGCUAAACGAUUUCCGUACUUCUCUAUCACAACGGCUCCCGCACAAGGAGCCUAUAUCAACGCAAGACUCGCUGGUGCGGGCCCAGGUGGCCCAACUGACCACCAGCUAUAAAGAGUUGCUGGAGCGUGCCUCGCAACUGGCUGAGUUACAGGCGCAGCUUAUAUCAAGACAGCGCGAGUACCGUGAGGCCCUGGACAAAGCCGCGGCAUGGCUAAACGAGCUCGAGCCGCGGGCACAACGACUGCUCGAUGAGAGCCAGUCACUUGAGCCCAAGCAGUUGGAAGAGCAGCUCCGUGCUGUGAAGGCUCUGUACGCCGAAUUGCUGGCCAAUGAACGGCUGCUACUCGGAGCCGAACAGGCUGUGCGGGCGCUACUCGAAGCCGGGGUACCGGACUUGGCCUCGCAGCAGCGGCAUGAUCUUGAGGAACCCGUACAGCACCUUCUGGUCAAGCACGCUCAGCUGAGUCAGGCUUUGGCAGAACGUUCCCGAGAGCUUGAAGCGGGACUACUGCAAAGCCAAGGCCUACAGGACGCCCUCGAUUCACUACUCGGCUGGCUCAGUCAGGCCGAGCUCCAUUUCAAAAACAUGGUUCGACCGGCGAGCCUUCUGCGGGAGCGCUUGGAAGAGCAGCAGCGGGAACAGCGAAUAUUGCAAGCCGAUUUGGACGGACAUCGUAGAAGUUUCGAAGCCGUAACGUGCAUGCUAUGUGAUGCGCCAAGCCUAAUGGCCAAACGUGCAGAGAGCAGGCUGCAGGAUGCACAGGCGCGUUUCGACAAGUUGUAUGAACGUUGCAGUCGCCGGAGCCAGCUACUAGAAGAACUCGGCCGCGAACUAUUACGGUUACAGCAGGAGGAGACCAAAAUCGAGAGCUGGACAGCGCGACUGACCGAGCAUCUGGCGCAGGGUGGCGAGCUGGUCGAGGCUGAGCUGGCUGAGCUAGCGGCGAAGCGCGAGGAACAACGGCCCGCUUACGAAGAACUCGUGCGUUUAGGCAAGGCUCUUACUACUAAGAAGGACGUAACCGACCAGGGCCCAAUACGUGAGCGCCUCAAGUCCAUAGAAGCGCGCUGGAAGGAACUCAGUGUAGCGCUCGAUGAGCGCCAGCGCCUGAAUAAGUCACGCGCUGAGCGGUUGGCCACGUACGAAAAGUUACGUGAGCAGCUGCAAGAGUGGCUAAGCCGCACUGAGUCCCGAUUGCAGCGUCUGGCCCCAGUAGCUGUUGAUCUUGACAAGAUCAACCAACAACUUGAAGAACUCAAGCCACUGCAUAAGGAGUAUCGUGAUCAUGCCGCCACUGUCGAUAAGCUCAACGAUCUGGGAAUUGCCUAUAAUAGCAUGACUCAGGAACGCAGUUUUAGUCCAAGCAGACGUCGCGGUGGCAGCAGCAGUCCAACUAAACGGCCUAGCCUCGCCAGCCCACUGCAUCGAACUCCUCAAGAUGCUCGCUCGCCGUCUCCAUCUAAAACCUACGGAGUUCAAAGUCCUGUCUCCCCAGGUGGUAGCAGUGGCUUUGGUAGCCGUCGCUCCAGUCAAGACGGAUUUCUUUUAGAGGAUUUGUCACCGGUACAACAGCAGCUAGUGGAGAUUAACAAUCGCUACGAGCUUCUGGGAGUAAGGCUGUCUGGACGACAAAACGAACUCGACAACGUCCGCGAGGAGCUGCGCAAAUACCGCGAUAAUUUGAAGACGCUUUUGCAAUUUCUCGAUAAGGUGCAUCGCCAAUUGCCGAAGGAAACGAUGCAUGAGACUAAGAUGGAAGCCGACAAGACGAGCAAGCAGAUUAAGCACCUUAUGGAAGAAAUGUAUGAGAAGCAGUCAUUACUCGAUAGCACCAAAAGCCAGGUGCGUGAGUUGGUAAGGCGAAAGGUUGGAGCAAGUGGCGUUGACGUCCUGAAUCAACAGCUUGAGGAGGUAGCCGAGCGUUGGAAGUUUGUAUCCGAAGCUUGCAAGGAUAGGCAGAAAUUUCUAGAGAGUAUUAAGCAGUGGCACGAUACUUAUGAGGCCCUGAGUACCUGGAUUGGCACAAAGGAGCGGAUGCUAGGGGCCCUGGGCCCGAUAUCGCCAGACCCACGUAUGGUGGCUAGUCAGGUACAGCAGGUGCAGGUCCUCCGCGAAGAAUUUCGCACGCAGCAGCCUCAGCUGGACCACCUCGUAAACGUAGCCGAUAGCGUGCUCGUGAGGUUGGCUACAGAUUCAGUCGAUGCUCACAAAAUACGCCAAAAACUCAACGGUAUUCUGCAGCGCUGGAAAAAUCAAUUGGCCGAGUUGGAAGAGCGUGCACGAAGCUUGGGCAAUGCCGUCGACACCAGCCGAGAGUUCGAUGCUAGUCUCAGCCGAUUACGCGAUGCUCUGCAGACCAUAUCGGAUAAUUUGGACGAACUACCACUCGACAAGGAUCCGGAGGAACAGCUGCGCAAAAUCGAACAUCUUGGCAGGCAGCUCGAGGGCCAGCGGCCACUACUCGCAGACGCUGAAGCCGCGGGUGAGCAGCUAUGCCAGGUUCUCAGUGAUCCAGCCUCCAAAUCCGACAUCCAGGCUAAGCUUGCCUCCGUUAAUAAGCUAUACAAUAAUUUACAAAAGAAAUUGGACUACAGGAAAGCUGAAAUCGAAGGAAGUCUUAAAGACGGUCGCCAGUAUGAUGCUUCAUGCAGUAAGAUUCUUGGUUGGUUGGCUGACGAGCUUAGUGGCAUGUCCGAGAAGCUGCUUGUCUCAGCCGAUCGUGAGUUAUUACAUCAACAACUUGAACAUCACGAGCCGGUAUAUCGUAGCGUCAUGAGCAGGGAACAUGAGGUGAUAAUGCUAUUGAAUAAAGGUCGUGGCAUACUUGCUAGAUCGCAGAAGCUCGAGAACCGAACCCUGCAGCGUGAUCUCGACAAAAUGCAAUUCCAGUGGGACCGUCUGAAGAAGGAUACUCUUGAUAGACACACCAAACUACAAACUUGUGCCGAGCACUGCAAUAAAUACUAUCGCGCGCAAAAUCUCUUCUUGCCCUGGUUGCGUGUAGCCGAAGACAAGCUCGAGAGUUUCAAGCCGAUGUCGUUCAAGCGUAAAGACAUUGAGAAGCAACUGAAAGAAUUGUCUGGGUUUCGAAACGAAGUUUGGAAGAAAUCUGGAGAGUUUGAAAACAAUAAUACUCUCGGCGAAACGUUUGUUAGCGCCUGCGAUAUCGACAAGGAUGUGGUGAAGAACGAACUCAAUACCAUGCAAGCCAGAUGGGAUAAACUAAAUAAUGAAUUGCUGCAACGAACGCAGUCGCUUGAGGACACAGCGAGACACCUUGCCGAUUUUAACGAGAGCUUGCGAGAAUUAGUACAUGAGCUUGAACGAUGUGAGGACAAACUGGCAUCGCAUGAUGCUCUGGGAGGAGCGGCAAAAGAUCCAAAACUCCUCGAUCGAAUCAAGAAACUAAGGGAAGAGACAGUGGCCUUAAAGCGACCACUCGGCAACGUACGCCAGCAGGCCAUUGAUCUGGGACACAAGGCGCGUGAGCAGGGUGUGGAUGCUAGUCAUUUUUUGGACGAGGUAGACAGCGUGGCCGAUCGCAUCGAAGACCUGCAGGCCAAACUCGACGACCGUUGUAACGAGCUUCAGAGCGCGGCCACCGCUGUAGCUCAAUUCACAGAUAUUUUGCGAAGUUUCGUACAGGAGUUAACCAUUCUCGAGAGAGAACUCGAAGAUAUGAAACCUGCUGGCCGCGAAAUCAAGACUGUACGCGAGCAGAUAGAGAAAACGAGGGCUUUACUGGUUAAGAUAGGCCGGCUGUUAGAGGACGUUAGUCGUUUAGUGAGCAGCGGCGAGAGCCUGGUGGAUUUGGGUUUCGCCGCCGACGCCGCAGCCACUCGGCAGCAGAUUGAGUCGCUCUCAAGGCAGUUGACUAGGCUCGAAGAAAAUGCACGGGCCCGAGAGGACGAGUUGAAUGAGACACUCGCCCGGCUGCAACAGUUCGCCAAGGCCCAAGCUCAGGCAUUGGACCUUAUGAGCGAAGUUCAUGAACAGGUGGGCAAAUUAAAGCCAGUGGGCUCGGAAGUAGAAUCGAUUCGCGCACAACAAGAGGACUUCCGAAUGUUCAAAGCCAAGCAAAUUGAGCCACUUAGCCAGGCCGUCACACAGGCUAAUGUCUUUGGUCAGAGCCUCAUUCAGAGCGCUGGCCGUGACGUUAAUACGAGUUGCAUCGAGAGAGAUCUUGACCGGAUGAACGAGCGCUGGAAUGAGCUUAAGGAGAGGAUAAACGAGCGAGAUCGCCGGUUGGACGUCGGGCUACUACAGUCCGGUAAGUUCCAGGAGGCUCUGGAUGGUUUGGAAAAUUGGUUAGCUGAUACCGAGGAAAUGGUUGCUAAUCAAAAACCACCAUCGUCAGACUUCAAAGUAGUAAAAGCCCAGCUGCAGGAGCAGAAGUUUCUGCGCAAGAUGCUGGUUGACCGACAGCACUCGAUAUCCUCAUUGUACGAAAUGGGCCACGAAGUGAGCCGAGGCGCUGAAGCCAAGGAGCGAAAGACCAUAGAGGUACAGUUAAGUAACCUGAUGGGCCGUUUCGAGAAUUUGAACGCGGCAGCAGAAGAACGUAUGUUGGCUCUUGAGCGCGCAAUGUCUGUAGCUAAGGAGUUUCAAGACAAAUUGAGUCCACUUGCGUCUUGGCUUGAUCAUACGGAGGCGCGUGUUCGCGAGAUGGAGCUCGUACCUACGGAUGAGGAAAGAAUACAGCAGCAAAUAGGCGAGCAUCAACAAUUGCACAAAGAUAUCCUAGCCAAGCGGUCAUUUUUCAGCGAACUGACUGACGUGGCAAGUGGCCUCAUGGGCCUGGUGGGUGAGGACGAGGCCACGAGUCUAGCCGAUAAACUUCAGCAGGUGGCCGAGCGCUAUGGGGCCCUCGCCGAGCGCUCUGAGAUUCUCGGAACAUUGCUGCAGCAUUCGAAGCAGGGCCUGCGUCAUUUAGUGCUUAGCUACCAAGAGCUGCAGGCCUGGAUGGAAGAGGCAGAGGUUCGCUUAACACGCUACCGUGUUUUAGCCGUACAUACCGAAAGACUACUGCAGCAAAUGGAGGACUUGGCCGACAUCAGCGAAGAAUUGGCUUCGCGUCAGAGUGAGCUCGAGGCCACUAGCGAAACCGGCCACGAACUAAUGACCCACAUUGGCGCCGACGAGGCCCUACAGCUUAAAGACAAGUUAGACUCGCUGCGCCGACGUUAUGAUGAACUGGUGACGCGAGGCUCGGAGUUGCUACGUCGUGCACAAGAGGCAUUGCCAAUUGUGCAGCAAUUCCACCAACACCACUCACGGCUUACAGACUGGAUGCAGGCUGCGGAAGCGGCCCUAGCUGGUGCCAGCACAACUACCGAAAGAGCGCGUGGUGACGAUGAUGAGAUUACGCGGCUGGAGCUCGAGAUCACCGAGUUUCGUCCAGUUCUCGAUAAGAUACAGGCUUUGGGGCCACAGCUCUGUCAGGUGUCACCAGGCGAGGGUGCAUCGACAAUCGAGGCUCUGGUACUGAGGGACCAACGCCGCUUCGACGCGAUCGCAGAACAGAUCCAGCGCAGGGCCGAACGACUGCGGUUGAGCAAACAGCGGUCCCUUGAAGUGAUUGGUGACAUCGACGAGCUGUUGGAGUGGUUCCGUGAAGCGGACGCGCAGCUGCGCGAGGCUGAACCGCCAAGUAGCGAGCCCGAAGUUAUUCGGGUACAACUGAAAGAGCAUCGGGCGCUUAAUGAUGACAUCGCCGCGCAGAAGGCUCGCGUACGCGAGGUGAUUAGCCAGGCGAAGAAGGUUAUAAGGGAAAACGCACGCGAGUCGUUACAACAAGGCACAGGUGGUGCUGGGGUUCCUAGUCAGGCCUUUGGCGAGGACGCCACCGCGAUCCGAGAGCGUAUGGAGGAGCUGCGCGAGAUCGUUGAUACGGUGGCAGGAUUGUCGGGUGAGCGGUUAGGCUCUCUCGAGCAAGCGCUGCCGUUAGCGGAACAUCUUCGGGACACCCAUCUCGUGCUUGCAUCCUGGUUAGACGAAAUUGAGCAGCAGGUGGCGAUGCUGCCUAUGCCAGGCCUCAGGCCCGAGCUAAUCGCGCAGCAACAAGACCGCAAUGAACUUCUAGUUGCGGCCUUGAACGAGCACAAGCCUCUCAUCGAUAAGCUGAAUAAAACCGGUGAAGCAUUACAGCGGUUGUGCAAUCGCGAGGAGGCGGUUAAAGUACAAGAGGUUCUUGAUCAGGACAACGCUCGCUUUGCGGCCCUACGGGCAGAACUGCGGCAGCGUCAACAGACCCUUGAACAGGCGCUGCAAGAGUCGGCCGAGUUUGCCGAUAAGCUUGAAGGCAUGCUACGCGCUCUCGGACACACGGCUGAACAGCUAGCAGGAGCGGAGCCGAUCAGUGCCCACCCGCCGCGGCUACGUGAGCAACUCGAUGAUAAUGCCGCCCUAACGGAGGAGUUAGCCCAGCGUGCAGAGGCGUAUGCCGCGGUGAAACGCGCCGCUGGUGAGGUCAUCAAUAAGGCCCUCAAUUUGAAUGAUCCGGCGCACAAAGAAGUGAAACGCAAGCUAGAACGUCUUGGAAAACUCUGGAUAGAAGUGCACUCAAAAAGUGACCAGCGUACUCGUAGUCUCGACGAGACCCUCUGCUGCGCCGAGCGCUUCUGGUCCGAGCUCGGUGGUGUGAUGGCCAGCCUAGCUGAGCUGCAUGAUGCUCUCGUGGCCCAAAUGCCACCAGCGGCCCAGCCUUCAGCUAUCGAACAGCAGCAGGUGGCUUUGCAAGAGAUACGCCAAGAAAUCGAUCAUACGAAACCCGAAGUGGAACAGGUACGCCAGUCUGGUCACGAACUGAUGGGGCUAUGUGGCGAACCUGACAAGCCCGAAGUCCGCAAACACAUCGAAGACCUCGAUCAGGCGUGGGACAAUAUCACAGCCCUGUACGCAAGGCGAGAAGAGAAUUUAAUUGACGCCAUGGAAAAGGCAAUGGAGUUCCACGAUAUUCUCAAACAGUUGCGGCACUUCCUGCAAGAAGCUGAGGACAGAUUCGCCGUCAUGGGCGCGCUUGGCAGCGAUAUCUUUGAGGUUAAGAAUCAGAUAAAACAACUUGCCGAUUUUAAGAUUGACGUUGAUCCACAUAUGGUUAAGGUCGAAGCGCUCAACAGGCAAGCCGCGGAACUGACCGAGCGGACUUCUUCGGAGCAAGCUCAGGCUAUAAAGGAGCCUCUGACUCAAGUGAACCGACGCUGGGAUGCGCUGCUACGAGCCAUUGUGGAGAGACAGCGGUUGCUGGAGAACGCGCUACUGCGCCUCGGUCAAUUCCAGCACGCGCUUGACGAACUACUCGUGUGGAUUGAAAAGAGUGGGCGUAGCCUCGAUGAGUUACGAGUGAUGGCGGGCGAAGCGCAGGUGAUCGAGGUCGAGCUGGCCAAGCUGAAGGUACUAGUGAAUGACAUCCAGGCUCACCAGACAAGUGUGGACACGCUCAACGACGCGGGCCGGCAGUUGAUCGAGGAUGGUAAAGGUAGUGCUGAGGCCUCCUCGACUGCGGACAAGCUUGGUACCCUCAAUCGGCGCUGGCGUGAGCUGCUGCAGCGCGCAGCUGAUCGACAGCGGGAGCUUGAAGACGCACUCCGUGAAGCUCAGUCAUUCACUGGUGAAGUGCAGGACCUACUUUCUUGGCUGGCCGACGUUGACAGUGCGAUCGUUGCUUCGAAGCCAGUAGGUGGCCUGCCAGAAACGGCGAGUGAGCAGCUUGAGCGUUUUAUGGAAGUAUAUAACGAGAUUGAGCAGAAUCGAGCCAAAGUCGAAGCAGUGUUACAGCAGGGCAAAGAGUAUCUGAGGCGCGCCAGCCUCAAAGAUGCUACCGGUUUAAGCGGUGGAAGUCUCGGUCACAGCCUGAAGACACUCAAACAACGUUGGGAUAACGUCUGUGCUCGAGCCAACGACAAGAAGAUCAAGCUCGAGAUCGCGUUGAAAGAGGCCAAUGAAUUCCACGAUGCACUGCAACUGUUCGUCGACUGGCUGAGCAACGCUGAGAAAGUACUCGGAAAUCUGAAGCCCGUGUCGCGCGUAAUGGAAACAAUCCUCGGUCAAAUAGACGAGCACAAAUCCUUCCAGAAGGAUGUUGGUGUGCAUCGCGAGACAAUGCUCAACCUCGACAAGAAGGGUACUCACCUCAAGUAUUUCUCGCAAAAGCAGGACGUAAUUCUUAUCAAGAAUUUGCUGAUUAGCGUGCAGCAUAGGUGGGAGAGAGUUGUCUCUAAAUCAGCCGAGAGAACUCGGGCACUCGAUCAUGGUUACAAGGAAGCACGCGAAUUCCACGAUGCCUGGUCAAGUCUGAUGACCUGGCUCGAUGAGACGGAGCGUAGCCUGGAUGAGGUAGCGCACGAAGGCCUGGGUGGUGAGGAGCCCGACAAAAUAAAGUCGCGAUUGGCUCGACACCGUGAAGUGCAGCGCGAGAUCAGCGUUAAGCAACCCAGCUAUGAUGCGUGCAUGAAGAACGGCAAAAGCUUGAAGGACAAAGCGCCUAAGUUGGAUGAGAGCCAGCUACGCGAACUGCUCGCCGAACUGAAGGCUAAAUGGGCGCAAGUUUGCACCAAGAGCAUAGACAGGCAGCGCAAGCUUGAGGAGGCUUUACUGUUCAGCGGUCAGUUCAAGGAGGCCGUUCAGGCCCUCCUUGACUGGCUGCACAAAGCAGAGCGCGACAUCGAAGCUGCUGGUCCUGUACAUGGUGACCUUGACACCGUGUCCCAACUAGUCGAACAGCAUCGUGGCUUCGAAGCCGAUCUUGAGUCACGCGCACUCCAGAUGGACUCGGUUGGCAGAACCGGCCGCGAGCUCGAGGCCAAAGCUAACGCCGAGGACGCCGCAAGCAUUGCACUACAGUUGCGCCAACUCGACUCACUUUGGCAGACGGUUAGUCAACUCUCUUUAGCCAAGUCCCACAGACUCGAGGAGGCGCUUAAGGAUGCGGAGCGACUUCACAAGGCUGUACAUUUGCUGCUUGAGUGGCUUAGUGAUGCGGAGAUGAAGCUACGCUUUGCUGGAAUACUUCCCGAGGACGAGCAGGAGAGCAGAAUCCAACUUCUCGAGCAUGAACAUUUUCUCAAGGAACUCGCGACCAAAGAGCCCGAGAAGGAGAACACUCUCGAGCUGGCUCGUGCUAUUCUAACUGAAUCCCAUCCUGACGGGAUUGCCGUUAUUAAACAUUGGAUCACUAUUAUACAGUCUAGAUGGGAUGAGGUUGCCACUUGGGCUCACCAACGUAAUCAAAAACUUGAGGCUCACAUGCAAGCUCUACAGGAUUUAGAUAAUCUACUGGACGAAUUAUUCACAUGGCUGGAAGGUCUAGAAACAACUCUCAUCACCCUGGAGGGUGAACCAUUGCCUGAUGACCAUGCCAUACUCGAAACGCUAAUCUCUGAUCACCGAGAGUUCAUGGAAAAUACUGCAAGGCGUCAAAAUGAAGUCGAUCGAGUCUGCAAAGCUAGACAAAUUAAACCUAUAAAGGACUCUCGGAAACUAUUUAAAAUCAAACCAUCAACAAUUGCACGAAGCAGUCCAGGUCGCGAAAGAACCCCAGAUCCAUCACUACCACACAUCGGCCCACGGUUCCCACCAAAAGGAAGUAAAGGGGCUGAACCAGAAUUCCGUAAUCCCCGGGUGAAGCUUCUCUGGGAUAGAUGGAGAAAUGUUUGGAUGUUAGCUUGGGAACGUCAGCGAAGACUUCAGGAUAAGCUCAAUUACAUCGAUGAGUUAGAUCGAGUAGCCAAUUUCAGCUGGGAAGAGUGGAGAAAAAGGUUCUUGAAAUUUAUGAACCACAAAAAGUCGCGGCUAACCGAUCUCUUCAGAAAAAUGGAUAAAAAUAAUGAUGGUCUCAUUCCUCGAGAUGACUUUAUUCAAGGAAUUCUGAAUACGAAAUUCGAUACAUCCCGACUAGAAAUGGGCGCUGUGGCUGACCUAUUUGAUCGUCAUGGCGAAGGACUUAUCGAUUGGAAAGAAUUUAUAGCGGCACUGAGGCCUGACUGGCAAGAACGACGUACCUACAAUGAUAGUGACAAAAUUCACGAUGAAGUCAGACGGCUGGUCAUGCUUUGUACCUGUCGCCAAAAAUUUCGAGUCUAUCAAGUAGGAGAAGGCAAAUAUAGAUUUGGCGAUAGCCAAAAACUUCGUUUAGUCAGGAUUCUUCGCUCUACCGUUAUGGUACGUGUAGGAGGUGGAUGGGUAGCUCUCGAUGAAUUCCUUGUCAAGAACGAUCCCUGUCGUGCCAAGGGAAGAACAAAUAUUGAAUUGAGGGAAAAAUUCAUACUGGCGGACGGUGUAAGUCAAUCCAUGACAGCGUUUAGAUCGAAGUCAAGUCCAACUUCGACUUUGCAGCGUAAUCCAUUGUCAUCGGCGGGACCGAUAACCAAGGUCAGAGAACGCAGCGCUCGUAGCUUACCAAUGGGUCAACAUCAUCAACAAACGAGAGCUUCGCUAUCUCGAACAUCAUUAAAUGCUGGCACUCCAGACAGCCUUAGUGACAACGAAAGCAACUCCCUUCGGACGCCUUUUAGAAAGAGUGGUAUUUCCAGUAAAACUUCGCUUACUCCAGGAGGCAGCCGUCCGUCUAGUAGACCAGCUAGUAGACCAGCUAGCAGACCAGCCAGUAGACCACCAAGUAAGCCUUCAAGUCGAUACGGUUCAAAUCAAUCUCUUGAUAGUACUGAUGAUUUAAGUACGCCAAGCCGCAUUCCGCGAAGAACUAGUGGAAGCACACCUACUUCUAGUCGUCAUAAUAGUCUAUCAGGCAAAAAGUUGUUCUCCCAGCAGCAACAUACUAAUGUGAAUCUCUCUUCGGCGCUUAAUGGCUCAUCGUCAAGACCACGCACACCUAGUGGUAUAUUCGGGUCAACUUCAAACUCAGGGUCGACUUUUACCGCUAGGACGAAAAUUACAUCCAACGAGAUCACUACUACGGCAUCUUCAACCUCAAAACUUUCUGGAAAAGCAUCAGAAGCUUCAGACUUGUCAGCCUCUUCGACGCAUAUGCAAAGAAAAAGUAAACAACAAACAUCUAUAGAUCAGAGAGCCCCUUUCAGAUUAUAGUUUAUAUUUAAUUUCUACUGAUCAUAAAUGUAUGAAAGAAACUAUUGCAAAAUCAUUUACUGAUUGUUAUAAUAGCAUGUAAUAUACUUAGCUUUUCUCAUAUAAUAUAUAUAUAUAUAUAUAUAUAUAUAUAUAAUGUUGCGAGCUACUCUAAACUACCAGAAAAAAGUUGCUCUAUAUACUGUUGCGAUAAAAUAGAUUUAAUUUUUUUUAAACAAAAUGUUAUUAGAGAAAACAUAUUAAAAUUUUUAUAGAAAUUAUAAAUCAUUCUUAAUUACUUUAUCUGAACCUAUAAAAUCGCAAAGAGAUAUAUUUUCAUGGAAUAUAAUACAUCCUUACGAUUUUCAUAUUUUCACUGAACAAAAAUUCUAUGUAUUAUUCACGUAACAAUAUGUCUAUAAAAUAUUAGUUUUUUACCAAUCAAUAAUACUAUUACAAAAAGUGAUUAUUAAAUUAUUAGACAUUGAAGCUAGUUAAGUGAUUAUAAAGUAUAGGGAAAAGGAAUAGCAAUUUUCUUGAAAUAGUACGAUAUGACACAAAUGCGGAAAAGUAGAUCCAUCCUUGUUUUGUUCGAGCAUAAACACCACACGAGAGAAGAAUUUCUUUCCUAAACUUGUAUCAUAAUGUACUAUUUUUAUUUAUGUAGAUGAAUUAAUAUUUAUUUUGAUCUAUAUCGACUAUAAAAAUUGUA